UGUGCAAGAAAUCUACACAUUUAUACACUAAACGACGUAGUUUAGCGUUAUGAUUUGGUAUUAUAAAUACUCCUUGAGUCUUCCAAACCCUACCACCACCAACCUUUUUCAAAGAAAACCCUAACGCCUAUUACUCUCUCACGCUAAUUUCAUCAGGAUGAAGAUCAUCGCUGCUUACAUGUUGGCCGUUUUGGGUGGAAAUGCUGAUCCUUCCGCCGCUGAUUUGAAGAGAAUUCUCGGUUCAGUUGGAAUUGAGGCUGAGGAUGAGAUGAUUAACCUCCUUUUGUCUGAGGUCAAGGGCAAAGAUCUGACAGAGCUAAUUGCAUCUGGAAGGGAGAAGCUAGCAUCAGUCCCAUCUGGUGGUGGUGCCGUUGCUUUCUCUGCACCCGCAGGUGGAGCCGACGCUGCCCCAGCUGCUGCUGCGGAGUCGAAGAAGGAAGAGAAGGUUGAAGAGAAGGAAGAAUCAGACGAGGAUGAUAUGAUUUUCAGUCUCUUUGACUAGAAGCUUUGAUUGGGAGAUUUUGAGGAAACACUUAAUGAGAUGUGGGGUGACUUAUUGGGAGCAAGUAAAAGUGUGGUGAUGAUAUUGAUACACACCUCAAAACAACAUGUUCAUAAGAAAGACGAGUACUAAGUAGUGGAGGCAGAAGAUAGUACGAGCAGUAAUAGCUCCACUUCCUUGGCGCCCUGACCAUUCGUACUCCAACACCAUCACCACCCUACGUCCUGUCAACAGGCUUUGCUUAGUACAAGCCACAAGGUUGUAAGUCACCAAUAAAAUUAAUGUAAAAAAAAAAAUACACAUUUGACAGUAAUAAAAGGGCAAGACUCCAUUUUGAAUUUGCAA